UAAGUAAAUCAUUAAUAGAAAGAAUUAAUUUUGUAAAAGAUUAUCUGGCUUUACCAAUAUUUAUAAAUGGCAACCAUCAUUGCCUUAUCAUUAUUGAUUUUGUGACAUCGACGUUUUGUUUUAUGGAUCCAAUGAGUUGUAAUAUACAGCAAGAGAAAUAUCUAAACUCUUUUAAAAAAAAUUUACGGAUGUAUAAUACAAUAAAAUCUGAAAAUAUUAAUGAAGAAUUAUCAGUAAAGGUUUAUAAUCAUGUUGAACAAAGAGACAACUUCAACUGUGGUCUGUUUUGUAUUAGAUUUUUUGAGUGCAUUGUUAGUAAUCAUGAUAUGUUGAAACGUAUAGAUAUGUUAAAAUAUAGGCAAGAAAUAAAAACAUUAAUUAUCAAUAAAUCGGAUGAUAUGGCAAAAUCCUGCUUGGUAAGUUCAAGAAUUUGUGAUGCCACAACAGUAAAAAAGUGUGCUUUUUGUAAAAGACUCAUUCAAAUUGAAUGCAAUUUAUUUCGGGACGAAUCUUUUAUCAAUAACGGCAUUUGUCAAUUGUGCGCCCAGUAUUAAAAUUUAUAUUUUAUCACUUAUAUGGUGUUCGUUUUGUGUGGAUUGGGUAAGGCUGAAAGGGGAGGUUGGAUGCCUUUUGCAGAAAUGCAAAGUAUUGCAUUUCUGUUUCCGGUAUCAAUUAUGCGCCUAGUAUUGAAAUGUAUAUUUGAUCACUUAUUAAGUUUUCGUUUUGUGAGGAUUGGGUAAGGCUGGAAGGGGUGGUUGGAGGCCUUUUUCAGAAAUGGAAAGUAUUGCAUUUCUGUUUGCGCGUUCCUGAACUUUGUGUGGACUGAAAAAGGAUGAGAGGGAGGAUGGGGACCUUUCGCAAUAAUCCCAUUUUCACGGAAACAAAAAGGUAACGCACCCAAUGGCAAUACCUCCUGGGUGGGUGUGGAAAUUUGCCACAUCUAUAUAUUUGGAAUUCAGUAGAAUAAUUUCACAAGGAAUGAUUUUCACGUGUAGGGUUAGAUUGGGUCACUAUAAACACUUUCUACUAUAUUUCGUCCGAGCAGUCGUUUGCAAAAGUUAUCAAAAAAAAUUUUUUGGAAAUUUCUUUUUCGCAGUGUAAGACCCAGUAGAAUAAUUUCACAAGGAAUAAUUUUCACGUGGAGGGUUAGAUUGGGUCACUAUAAACACUUUCUACUAUAUUUCGUCCG